AUGGCUUUCCCUCAGCACCACUUCCAAAGGCACUACCAAACCCAACAACAACAGCAGCAGACCAAACCUUUCAGAAAUCUACAAACAAUCGAUGGUCAGAUGUCACAGCAAGUGGCGUUUUACAACCCUACUGAUUUGCAAGAUCAGUCCCAGCAUCCACCCUAUAUUCCUCCCUUCCAUGUUGUUGGGUUUGCUCCGGGUCCUGUUCCUCCUGCUGAUGGCAGUGAUGGUGGAGUUGAUUUGCAAUUGCAAUGGAAUUAUGGUUUGGAACCAGAGAGGAAGAGACUUAAAGAACAGGACUUUUUGGAGAACAAUUCUCAGAUAUCUUCUGUUGAUUUCCUCCAACCACGAUCAGUGUCAACUGGGUUAGGCUUGUCACUGGAUAAUACUCGCCUGACAUCCACUGGAGACUCAGCUUUGUUGUCGCUCAUAGGUGAUGACAUUGAGCGUGAGCUGCAGCAGCAGGAUGUAGAGAUAGACAGAUUCCUCAAAGUGCAGGGUGAAAGACUGCGGCAAUCAAUCUUAGAGAAGGUUCAAGCAACACAGCUUCAGAGUGUUUCACUCAUCGAAGACAAAGUCCUUCAGAAACUUCGUGAGAAAGAAGCUGAGGUAGAAAGCAUCAACAAGAGGAACAUGGAACUCGAAGAUCGAAUGGAGCAGUUGACUGUGGAAGCUGGUUCAUGGCAGCAGCGAGCAAGAUACAAUGAAAACAUGAUUGCUGCUCUCAAGUUCAACCUUCAGCAAGCAUAUGUCCAAAGCAGAGAUAGUAAAGAAGGAUGUGGCGACAGUGAGGUUGACGAUACAGCUUCUUGCUGCAACGGGCGUACCCUUGAUUUUCAUCUGCUUUCCAAGGAGAACACAGAUAUGAAAGAGAUGAUGACAUGCAAGGCUUGCAGAGUGAAUGAAGUGACCAUGGUUUUGUUACCUUGUAAGCAUCUUUGCCUCUGUAAAGAUUGUGAAAGUAAGCUUAGUUUCUGUCCUCUAUGCCAAUCCUCCAAAUUUAUAGGCAUGGAGGUCUACAUGUAA